CUAAAAGGUACCUGGGUACUCGUAUCCUAAACCUUAGCCCCCAACUACAGGGAUUACAUAAUGCCUAAUUCCGUACCUUAGGUACAGUACCUACUUAAAAAUAAUCAUCCACUUUCAAUCGCUGAAACCACAACCACCACGACGUAGUAAUGCGCAUAGAUAUGACGAUAAACCAACAUCUAACAAGAUUCAUGACUGAUUCAUUGUAUCUAUUCAGCAAGCAACACUCGAGAUUCAACUAGGUGCAAUUCCGCCUAGACCACGAGAGAAGCGGAAGCUUGAUUAGCCCCCGAAACCAGGCGAAUAGCCAUGCUGUAGAGCCUGAUACUCAAUAGCUCCCGCCAACUUACCGAAUGCAUUAUCGCGACCAUGGCCAACCGGUAUGGCGGGUCAUAUCGCAACGGCAACGGCUACGGCUCUGCUGCGAGAAAAGAUGACGAAUAUGAUCCCUUCGGCGACGGUUAUACCAGCGACCGAUACGGUACCCCUCCUCAACAGCUAAACCCACGAAGGCCACCUCCCGAAUCUUCCCGGAAUCCUGGCUAUAGCUCCUCAGCCUCAAGAGCCCAACGUGUAAAUGAGACAAGUGCGGAGAGACAGAUAAGCCAAGUGCUUGAACUCAUUAAAUCCGAAUGGCCUGCUAUGGUCCAGGACGACUGUAUACCCGUUUCGUUAGCGCUGCAAUUACUAGAUAACAGCUCGGUCGGUCGAGCACACGAAUAUAGGGGCUUCAAGAAGACACACCAAUAUCUGCAAGACUCCCUAAAGAAUAUCGUACAUGAACAUCACCAAGGCUUCAAUAGUUCUAUCGGUACCUUCCAUAAGAUCCAAGGAAGUAUACAAGCCUCCCAGAAGCGUGUUCGCGCUUUGAAAGACUCCCUCGCUGCAUCACGAACGAGUCUUUGCGUAACAGACCCAGAACUGAAGAAACUAUAUAAGUCGUCACAGAUGUACGACGAUGUGUUGCAGACACUGAAUGAAUUGGAAGAUCUCAGGACAGUGCCGGAUCAACUGGAAGCCAGGAUAUCAGAGAAACGAUUUCUAACAGCCGUUGAAGUACUACAAAAUGCCUUACGAAAGCUACGAAAGCCGGAACUAGACGAUAUCGGAGCGCUUAGUGACCUUCGAAGUUAUCUGGCUAACCAGGAGACCGCAUUGAUGGAUAUUCUAGUCGAGGAGCUGCAUGAGCAUUUAUACCUGAAAUCACCUUACUGCCAAGAACGAUGGCAAAACCUAGCCAAAAACCAAGGUGCCUAUAACGAAAAUUACAGUGAAACGGGCGUUCUGACCCCAUUCCAUUUGGUUCUGGACACCAUGGAUCUUGAUCAUCCAGUGACCGAAGAUCCGGCCAAGAAUCCCGAAGCGGAUACAUUCUAUUAUAUUAGCCUUGUCGUCGAAUCUCUUAACAAACUUGGCCGGUUGGAAGGCGUGGUCGAUACGUUGAAACAACGACUCCCUGUUGAGCUGUUCUCCAUUGUGAAUGAGACGAUCAACGAAGUCGAUCAGAGACAUCCCAGUUCGCUACGAGGUGGCUCAGGCAACGCACAGGGUCUACACAUAUAUGGCAGUAGGGAGACACAGAUGCGUGCGGACGUUAUUUACGAUCUCCUAUGGACUUUAUAUGGUAAAUUCGAGGCUAUUGCCGAAGGCCAUCGAGUAUUCCACGAGGCUGUUAAGGCCCUUGUUCGAAGAGAGGGCGGUGGUAGCAGUAAUCCUCUUCUUGGGAGUUUUAAGGAGCUAUGGAAUCUCUAUCAAAACGAAAUACGCUCUCUCCUACAUAAUUAUGUCACAACAGAUGCAGACGUCUACCAGUUCAAUUCGUCUCCGAGACAGGGUGCAAUGCUUAAUGGCAACAAGGACACAUCCCGAGAGCAUCUCUUCAAAUUUUCCGAAGCGGAUCCAAAGUCUAUCGAGAUGACUACUGAAUAUGAAGCUCUGGAUGGCAUCAUACGAGCGGCGGUUCCCGGUCUCACAUCUGCUUCUCGAAAAGCACAAGCUUCAGACAAGAAAUCAUCGGCGGGAAGAGGAUCAAGGAAGAGCGCAUAUACCGCAGCAUUCGACGGUCGAAACGCUCCAGGCUCUUAUAAGUCACUUGUGGAGCCAAGCGUAUUUAACAUGAGUCUUUUACUACCCCCAACCCUAGUAUUCUUACAACGACUAAAGGCAAUUGUGCCUCCGGGUUCAGAUUUAGCUGCGAGCACUUUGACAUCUUUCCUUGAUAACUUCUUGGUCAAUGUAUUCCAGCCGCAGCUCGAUGAGACACUCAGCAAGCUAAGCGAUUCCGUGUUUGGGGAAGUAGAUUCGUUCCAGCAAGAUCCUAGUUGGGGGUUGGUCGCCCGGCGUCCCGUCUUCAAGGGCACAACUGCAUUUUUUGCUGUCAUUACUGCCUUUUGUCGUAUGCUGGGGACGAUUCCACACGACCAGGCCCUUAGCUCUCUAAUCAUCUCUCAAAUGGUGAGAUACUAUGAAAGAUGCUUCGCAUGGUUUGAAUCACUAGUCGCCAAAGCACAAGAUGCGACCACGGCACCACAAACAUUACGAUACUCCGCAGAACUUGCUAUUGGGCAUGGAGAUAUACAGGAAACGAUUAAAAAACUUUGGACAUCGGAUAAUCUUGAUCAUGAGCUGAUAGAAAAAGAAGUCGGCCUUCUUAUCAUGCAAACUAAUGAACGACCUCUUGAGCCAAAUGAUAUUAUCCAGGAUCGUGACGUUAUAUCGUCUUUAUGCCUCCUAUAUACGAGUAUGAAAUGGCUCUCAGUGAGGAUCCUCGGAUUGCGACAUAUCACUCGGUUCGACACAGAUUCUUCACAGGCCACCUUGCCGAAGAAUCAAAACCGCCGCUGGACUCUCUUGAAUGACCCUAGCAAAGCAAGUAGUGAGCAACAGGGUCCUGUGUAUCUACCAAUGACGCAGGAAACCGUCCACUUGUUCGAUAAAAUCGUAUCGUCCUACGAAGAAUUUGCCGGCACAGUGCUCCUCAUGUUGCAUAUGGAAAUCCGGUGCCGCAUUGUCCAAUCUCUUGGCGUAGCGUUGUCGCCUGAAACAGCACCGUACGUCCUAGGCGACCAGGAGAUCAAGGAGCCAGAUCCACAGAUACUGUCACUGAACGCGGAACUUGUUGCGUACGAUGAGACGAUUGUUCGUUUCCUUCGUGAUAAGGAGACCGCAUUCGUACGAACAGGUUUAGGUCUCCUCAUUAACACUUAUCUGGUAUCUAACGCUCUCGCCACACAGCCCAUGAACAUGCGCGGAUGUGAGCGCAUGCAGCUUAAUAUCCUUGUGCUUCAGCAAAACCUCAAGAAUGUCGAGGCUGGCGUAGACCUCACGCGGGCGGCGAACUAUUUCAGCUUAUUCCAAGAGGGCCCCGACAAAAUCGUCGAGAAGGCCAAACAUGAUAAAGAGCGUGAAGCGGAGAGUGGUGCCUCUAUACCAGAAGUGGAGAGAUUCACUUACGAUGAGCUCAAGGCACUCGUUGAGCUUUGUUAUAGCGAGCAGCUCGCAGAUCCAGAAAGGGGCGUCGCCUCGGCUGCGAGGAGGCAAAUGGGCGAGAAGGUCCUCGCAUUGAGUGAGCACAUGUGGCAAACAUAAAGGGAUGGAUUGUACAAUUGUGUUACAAUUAAAAAUUGAGGGGUGGACUGUUACAAUUUGGUGCUCACGAGAUUACGUGGCCUAUAACCUGCACAUUGACGGUUUUUGCGAAGCGGAACUCCUUCACCCGAUUGUGUAUGUCUGAAUUGAUUGCCUCCCUACGAAGCGUCCUGGGAACUAAUAAUUGCAAAUGAUCCGUAAAAUGGACCGUGUUAUGAUGGGAAG